UGCUCAGAUGCCUUGGCCUCGGCGCUCGCACAAAACGCGGGAAGCGGAUGACGCGCGAAAUUCCAUUUUGUAAACGCGAAACGUGAAAUAAAAUUCAAUUAAAUACAUAAUUAAUAUGUAAUGAAUAAAGCUUGUCCUGAAUAAUAAAUAAAUAAACUUUUUAAGUGACAAUUUGUACUUGGACUUUGUGAUUUAGUAAAAAUGAAUUUGUCAGGUGAAGCUAGUAAUGGGCCGCGUGUUUUGACCGCUCGUCACAUAAGUGCGGACAUAUCCCUUCCCGAAACGAACAAUGAAAUAAAUUCCACCCUCCUGUGCCACAGUUAUGAUCUAGAUCCUGACUUUGAAACCUAUUUUGCAGCACUCCAGACAUACGCUUGGGUUAUAUUUGCCUGCGGUCUUGCGGUGCUGCUCAUCAUAUGUGCUUUAUACGUCAUCACAUUACGGUCAGCGGUCAAGCACUGGCGAGACCAAAUGCACCAUGUAGCCGUCGUCUUAAGUAUUUAUCCCAUCGUGGCAGCGAGCGCUCUCGUAAUGAUAGUGGUACCCAGAUCUCGACUGCCAGCUGAAGCUGUAGCCCAAGAAGCUGUUAUGGUAGCUCUGUACCACUUCUUCUGCUUGGUCAUAGCAGAAUGCGGUGGCACAGAACAGUUUGUCAGAAGCGCUGGUGGCGCUGACCUAGAGACGAGGGUGAUGCCAUGCUGCUGUUGGCCGUGUUGCGUUAUACCAAGGCCGAAGUUGCAUAAGGAAAGUCUAAUGUGGUUGCGGUAUUUGGUCCUUCAGAUACCGAUCAUUCAAGGACUUAUUUAUUUUAUUCUAAUUGUCAUCUGGUCGGAAGAUUUUAUGUUAUACCAAGGUAACUUUGUAUACUUCCAACCAUUCAUCGCGGCGUCCAUUCUAUCGGGCAUGUGGGGCGUAGUGAUGUGUGUUCGGGCAGCUAUAUCCGUGGGUCGUGCACCACGCCCCAGGUUCCUCGUCAUCCAGCUCGUACUCAUCAUCGUGAAGCUGCAAUGUGGACUCGCCAAGUCCGUGCCCAACAUGGCGAACUUAUCCUGCGUUAUGAAACUACAUCCCGGCGUAUUUGCAUCUCUUAUAAACAACUGUAUAAUGAUGUUAGAGAUGCUACUAAUAUCGAUUUGGGCGUGGCGAGUCUACAGCUCCCCACCAGGCAAGGACAUGGAGAAAGUGCAGAGAGACAGAGUAGUCGUCGCAGUCUUAGAAGAUAAUAUGCGAUCCAUUGAAGUAAAGAGCAUUAAAGACGGCAUUGAUAACAAAUCCUUCAAUAAUAAUGUACCAGAAAUCUGAACGGCUAUUUAUAAGUACCUUAUUAAUUGUAUUGUGAAACUAGUGAUGCAUUGAUAUUAUCAACAAAUAAGUACACAAUGUUGUAUUUUCAAAAUGAAAAUUAUGAAUAUGGCACCUUUUGUCAAUAUUUUUAGGUGUUUUUUUGAGUGUUUUUCUCAAACACCUUAUAUUUUUAAAUUAUAAAAUUAAAUGUAGUAGAAGAUAUGCUAAUUUUUGUGAUGUGUCUAGGUGAUGUUUAGAUAAUGGCUAACUACGAAUCAGUGUAUGAGUGUGUUUGUGUUUGAAUUAGGUUCAAAUGACCGUCACCCAGUGUAAAUUUAUUUUUAAGUCGUAUAUUUAAGUUAGCUAUUUCUCUGUGGGUUGUUCCCCUGCUAGGAUUUGUAUUGUUACUGCAAGGAAAAAAUUGUAUGAUUUCUUUUUAAGAGAAUUAAGAAAAUCUCUGUCUUUGAUCUGUACCAAAAAUAUGUGUGUGACCUAUAACAAGCCCUUGGUGCUUAAUUUUAUUGUGAUAAAUGUGAAUACAAUGAGAAUAGUCAAGAAUAUACAUUUAUUCUCCA